CCGCGCGCCCCGCCCUCGCGCACCUGGCGCCCGCCUCGCUCUGGCACACGAGGGACGCGCUCGAGCAACUCUCCAACGUCCUAGAGUUCGCGGGAGUGAUGACGUACGUGAUGGGCGUGUGCCGCGAGGUGGUGACGCCGACCAACUCGAGGAAGGCGAGCAAGAAGAAGGCGAGCGUUUCCCCGGAGCGCGCGGCGACGGGGCGCGCGCUGGGGGAGGCGGGCGGCGAGGCGGCUGCGCUGCUGGGGGAGGUGCGCGCGCGGCUGGAGGCGUGGCCCGCCGCCUGGGCCGCGCCGCACCUCGCCUCGGGUGUGGAGGACCGGCUGGCGGGGGAGUACCGCUGCCCGGUGGCGGGACAGCUGGAGCGCAGCUACCGGGAAGCGCUGCGCCACGCAAGGGAAACGCUCGACGAUAAAAUUAAAUACUUGAAGAGUAUGCAGUGACGGCGCAGUGCAGUGACCGGGUAGUGCAGCGAC